AAAGUUAUCUAGAAUUUUGCCAACACCUUUACAAAUUGCCCGACAUCACUGGUUGCAGAAAUGGCAAAAUUUGAAAGCUUGGAUAAAACAAGAGCACCAUCUGACCACAGACUCCAUGCUCGUCAGAAUUUCUAGGAAAAAGUUAGAAUUUAUAGUUGGAGCUGCAAGAAAAAAUUAAACCAGAGUCAUGAAAUCCUAGAGAACAGAAGAUGACCUGCAGAGAUUCUGCAGAAAUAGCUUAAUUUGGGCCAGAGUAAAGUCCAUGACAACACAAGAGCCAACAGAUGCAAACAAAAUCCACAAUAAACAUAGUUUCUAAAUACACGAAGUUGUUACCUUGCAUGCAACCAUAAGAUAAACAGCAAUAUAGGACAUAUGUAGGUAAACUAUUUAUCUGUGCAGAUACUUGGUAACAGAGUAACAUUUUGUUUAUCUCAUUACAUGCUUGCAGUUCUUAAUCCAUUGACCAAUAAUUGUUUUAUGUCAGAGGAAAUUAUUUCAUAAUCAGGCUUACCUUGAUGUGUGUUCAACCUUCAAAUGCUUCACCUUAUUAUAUGAAAAAUAAAAAAUGUACACUUUUAUAGAGAACAAAAUACUAUAUUGGAAAAUGCACAAAGAUCCAAUCUACACAAUACUUAGAUCUUAGUGAAAGAAAAACUAAUUGUAAAAUCUUUACUAAUUAUUAAGGGCAGCCUGUUUGCACUAUACAAGAAUUGUAACCAUUUAUGCCUUUUCAUUUGGAAAAGUGGGAAAAAGGAGGAAGGUAUUCUCAGGAACAAUUAUCAUUAUAAUUACACAUGAAAAAUACGCAAGGCUAAUGUAAUAAACUAUGUUUCAUUUAGCAUAGCUGCAAAACAGCUCCCAGUCAGCAAAAAUGUUCCACCAGCAAACAAGAGCUCAGACCUGCCCCAAGCCGAUGUCCCGCCUACACUUUUCCAGCAGUCAUCUGGUCCCUGGCAAGGCACAGGGAGCUUCCAAGACUGAUACCGAACUUCCUAAAACAUCAGAACACAGUUCACUUACUUCAGCACUCAGCCUUGGAGCUGAUGUGUCUCUUAUAACCUGCCUGCCUAAAUCAAGGAUUUCACAAACUUUCUGUGUACAGCUUAUGCUGGUGUACAAUCCAGCACUGAUUGCAAUCAGUGUUGGGUUUCGCUGCAGAAAAUAGGGCACCAUUAUUUCCCUGAAACCUGCAGCAUUGCCAGUCACUUCUGAGUGCAUUUUUGGCAACCACCUGGGCCCAGGAGACUGACCAGCUCCCAGCUGAUGCCUGGGACUUGCGGGAUGCCCCUUUUCCACCCAACACCCAUUCUCCACAUCCUUUGCACAUACACACGGAUUUAUUAUUUAAUUAUCUGCCAGCUGCUUCUCCUGAUCAGAUGGUGUGUUCCAACAACAGACCCUGCAGCUCUGCAUACCACACAGGUGUCACUGAUGCCACACGCAGGCACUUAGUACCUGCCUCUGAAUUUGGGAGCAUUGUCGAGGUGUAAGAGAAGAAAACGUGGAAGAAGCUGACUUGGAAGUUGGUAAUAGCAUAUUGCAACAGUCCACCUCAGCUUUAGAUAGUCUUUGAUGCAUGUCCAGAAGUCAGGUCAGGCAGCUAGGGACAUGUCAAGCUGAUGAUGUUGGCAAGGGUGACCUUCACUUGGUCAUCCUCAAGGCACUGCGCUCUCUGGCAGACUUUUAGCAUCAACAUCAGCGCGUGCAUGUACGUUAAACAAAAUGUAUAUGCCAAUACAUGGACAUUAAUAGUACAGCCCCAGACUGAGAACCUCAAAAAGCAAUCCACAUCUGCCCACAGAAGGACGGCUUCAGCAUGAGCCUGUUCCCACACCACACCAAGCAGGAAGCCAGAAACAGCUGACAAAAAACAGAAGAUAAAUCACAUUACUCAAACAAAACUUUCUGUUUACAGAGAAAUGCAUUAGAUCCCAACAUAGUGCAUAAUAAACACAUAAUAAACACAUAACAAAUACAAAGGUACCAUGAAGCAGAGGCAGCUUUUGCCAGAACGAGAAAGUCUCUGUAUUUGGCAUGCCAUGUCACCCGGCCACACUGGCAUCGAAAUGAAGCAGAAAUGCCAUUCUGAAGAUCAGGAGUAAAGCUCGGGUUCGGGGUGGGAUUAACAGUCCCACAAAGAAAAUACAAAGAAAAUACACCUCACAUUUAAGUUCUUUUUUUUUUUUCCUUCUUCUCUUCCCUGAAUCUUCACCAGGAAUUCAAAUAUUAAUUGUUGUCCAACAGAUUUCAAACCUUAACUGCUCAUUUCAGUGUAAACCAUAAAAUACAAAGACUGAAUGCAUUUUUCUUGCCUUCAGUGGUCUAUCUAGCCAAUUAGUCAAGCUACAGAGGGCAGGUACCAUUUCUGAAAAUGUCAGUGCACAUGAUUUUGUAGCCAAGUAAGCCCAUGGUGCUUCAUCCCACUGUAAGGGUAGCUUUGAGCAGACCUUCUGAUGAUACACUCAAUGCCAAAUAGCACUGUCCAGAUCAUGGGAAUUCACACACAAGCUACAUUUGAAGAUUAUCCCGGGAAACCAUCAGGAAACGUUCUUUGUUCAUUCUUCUCACAUCUCUAAAGGACCAAAUAGUAGUGGCACGGUGUAGUUGAUCCACACAAACACAAAUCCAGACAAUGUGCCCACCUUCACAGAUACGGUCAUUUUUUUCUUUGUCAGUAGAGAAGAAGGUAGUAUACUUUUUGACAGAGACCAAAAGGAAAAGAGAGAGGCAACAGCAAACAUGAUUAACUAACUCAUCUGAUAAGUGGAAAUGAGGAAGGAAACAACACAUCACCACCAGCAGAAAAAGUUUCUUCAUUCUACACAUUUCCCCAUUCUUAAUACUUUGCUUGAGGCUUCUGUCAGCAGAGGAACAGCAGAUGAAGUGGAGAUAGCCAAAGACCCCUCUUCAAACCAGCUGCUGCCAAGCUUGCUCAGUCUAUUUUGAAAAAUGGAAGACUUUGCGAACGAGAGCACCAUCAGUAACUCCAGCAGAGCACCCUUCUCCACCCCAUGCCACCGAGACACCAGAGUUACCCACCUGGUCUUCCCAGUACUCUAUACACUCGUCUUCCUCCUGGGACUUGUACUGAACAGCCUGGCUCUUUGGGCUUUCUUCUAUAUUCCAAGCACAUCAACUUUCAUUGUCUACCUGAAAAACACCUUAGUGUCUGAUUUUAUAAUGACGCUGAUGCUUCCUCUGAAAAUCCUGACUGACUCUGGCCUGGGACCAUGGCAACUCAAAGCCUUUGUCUGUCGCUUUUCAGCCGUAAUAUUUUAUGACACCAUGUAUAUUAGCAUAGUGCUCCUUGGUCUCAUUGCUUUUGACAGGUUUCUCAAGAUCGUGAGACCCUUUGGGAAGUUCUGGGUGCAACGUGUGACCUCAGCAAAGAUCCUCGCAGGUCUGGUCUGGCUCUUCUUCCUUGUUCUCUCUCUACCAAACAUGAUCUUAUCAAACAAGAAAGCAACACCGCAAUCCGUAAAGAAGUGUGCCUUGCUGAAGAGCUGCUUUGGACUCAAAUGGCAUGCAGCCGUCAAUUACAUCUGUCAGUUCGUCUUCUGGACUGUUCUCAUUCUUAUGUUUCUAUUUUAUGUAAUUAUUGCCAAAAAGGUAUAUGAGUCUUACAGGAAAACACAGAAGAAAGAAAACAAAAAGGAAAAAAAGGUCAAGGGGAAAGUAUUCAUCAUUUUUACUGUGUUCUUCUUAUGCUUUGCCCCCUUUCAUUUCAGCAGGGUUCCCUAUACCCUGAGUCAAACAACAACCCGAAUGGAAUGCCGUCUGCAGAACCAGCUCUUUGUGGCUAAAGAAAGCACUCUUUGGCUGGCUGCCACCAACAUCUGCAUGGACCCUUUGAUAUACAUGUUCUUGUGCAAACCAUUUGUAGAGAAGAUAUUAUGCAGGAGAGUAGACACACUUCAGAAAACAGUUCAUACAAACCCCAAAUCCGAACUGGACACACGAACAUCAGCAAUUGAACCUUGAUUCUGUAGCUCAUAUUCAUAUGUGGAUAUUUGCAGAGAAGUUAAAAAAUAAUGUUUUACUUCUGGUGUAGAAAAUUAAAGGGCAGUGGUACUGUAAUACUACUAAUAAAUAAAAG